AGCAAUAAACCGGAAACGAGAUUCCUUUGAGAAGCGGUUUACGUUUUGCUCUGAAAGACAGCUGGGUACCUUUACCUCACUGAAUUAGUUUGCUGCUCUACAACCAUGUGGUUUUUCCAAUUGCACUGACCAAAACACUUCAAAACCUUUAGUUGGUUGAACAGCCCUUUUGAAGGAAUCUUACUGGCAGACCGGCAGGGCCUGAAAAGCCACACCCACACCUUGUGCUCAUCUAUCACUGAGAACGCAGGUCCAAAAGUGUUUCAUUAAGGAAUUAUAUUAAGAUGGAAUGCUCUGCGUUGGGGGCUAGGGAUGAAACCACAGAGCAUUUAUACUGCUGUGGCGCUGUCACAGAAGUCCUCAAAAUUGGCACUUCCUUCAAACAACAUUCUGGCUCCUCCCUGCAAGCUCCCCCUAAACUUAUUUUUCUCAUCAUUCCAGGCAAUCCAGGAGUUGUUGACUUCUACAAGACCUUUAUGCAAGCACUUCAUCAAAAGUUUGGCAGUCGCUAUCCUGUGUGGGCAGUGAGCCAUGCUGGCCACUGUGUGCCCCCUGACACUAUGGACAUGAUUGAAGAUCCACCUGUGACGUCAGUGAAUGACGUGUUUGGUCUUAAUGGUCAGAUAGAGCACAAGCUAGCCUUCCUUAGGGAAAAUGUUCCAAGAGCUACCCAGCUAGUUCUCAUAGGCCAUUCCAUUGGUUGCUACAUCAUACUGGAGAUGAUAAAAAGGGAUCCUGAACUUCAGGUGGUGAAGUCUGUCCUUCUCUUCCCUACGAUUGAACGCAUGGCCCAGACUCCUCAGGGGAAGGUCAUGACUCCAGUGCUAUGCCACCUGCGUUACAUUACUUACUUGCCCAUCUUCCUGCUCUCCUUGCUGCCAGAGACACUUAAGGCCGCCAUAGUGAAGCUGAUCUUUGGUGGGCUGCGCUCAUUGGACCACACUGUUAUACCAGCUACUGUUAGUCUCUUUAGUGUGGACUGUGCAGCCAAUGCAAUGUACAUGGGUGGUCAAGAGAUGAGGAAGGUUCUGGCAAGAGACAACAUUACCAUCAAUCAAAAUCUCAACAAGCUGUUGUUUUAUUAUGGAGCCAGUGACCACUGGUGCCCCAUGCAGUACUACCAUGACAUGAAGAGAGAUUUCCCAGAUGGAGAUAUAAAACUCUGUGAAAAUGGAAUUCGCCAUGCCUUUGUCUUGGAUGCCGGGAAGGAAGUUGCCAGUCUGAUUUUUGAAUGGAUCCAAAGUGAUGUGCAAACAUAAUUAAAGUUGUUUUCAACAUAAUAUGCAAGAUCAUAUUGAAACUACAAACAGUAUGGGUACCAGAUGGACAAUGGGUAUUUUAUGUACUGAUAUAUAACCAUUGAUUCUUGAAGACUCAUUCAUAAAUGAUUUAUUUACAAUCGCUUUUGACAGUCAAACAGUUGGACCCCAUUAGUUAGUAAAAGUUUUUGCUAAUGGUUAAACAGAACAAUCAGCCUGAAGUUUUGAAAAACACACUUUGAAGUAACACUUAUAAAACCGCUUACAGCCUACCUCAUAAUGUCCACUUGGGGACCAAACAAGGUUUGCCAUGAUGUAUUUUCCUCUUCCUUUGUUUUUGAGAAUUUCACUUCAAACUAGGGGCGUCAGGUGGCUGAGCGGUGAGGGAAGCAGGCUAGUAAUCCGAAGGUUGCCAGUUCAAUUCCCGGCCGUGCAAAAUGACGUUGUGUCCUUGGGCAAGGCACUUCACCCUACUUGCUUUGGGGAGAAUGUCCCUGUACUUACUGUAAGUCGCUCUGGAUAAGAGCGUCUGCUAAAUGACUAAAUGUAAAAUGUAAAUGUAAACUAGCACUUGACCAAUCUGCGUCAAGUAAUAUUGAGAGGGAGGCAUUGGACCAAUAUAUUUAGUUUGUGUGUCUUAAUUUAUAAAUGGAAAGUACCUAUGAUAAUGUUUUGUUACGUGUUUUUCAAGCCUUGAAACAAGAUUCCUUGCUAAUAAAACACUAGGAACCCA